AUGAAGCCUCGCAUAGCCAAGCAAUUUCUUAAAAAGAUUCGCUUCAAAGGCGACACAAUAUGUCCAAACGGCAUGUUCCGGUGUCCGGAGGGCAAGUGCAUACCCUCGCUAUGGGUGUGUAACUAUCAGAGCGACUGUGCGAAGGGAGAGGACGAGUUUCAAGCGUGUCCACCUCCGGAAUGUGAAACGGGUCAGCUGACGUGCGGCCAGUAUGUGUUCAAUAAGACGUACUGCAUCCCGCCGCACUACCGGUGUGAUAUGCACGUUGACUGUGUGGACGGCACCGACGAAGCCGACUGCACGUACCGUAAAUGUCAGAUAGACGACUUUCAGUGCGGUGUGGAGACCGGGGGAUCCGGAAAAGCGUCCUCGCAGGGCCUGUGUAUACCAAAGGAGAAGAAAUGUGACGGGUACCUAGAUUGUCGGUCCGGUAAAGACGAACAAGAUUGCCCAGGGCAGACGCUGUCCUGUCGACUGGACCAGUUCCGGUGCGCGAAUGGGGAGAAGUGUGUCGACGUAUCCGUCAAGUGCGAUCACACGGAUGAUUGCGGCGAUAACUCAGAUGAAGCACAUUGCAGCUUCCCGCCGUGUCACAUCGGCCAGUUCCGCUGCAGCAACGCACUGUGCAUCCCGGCCACGUACCGGUGCGACGGCUACCGCGACUGCGGUGACGGCUCGGACGAAGCCAACUGCACCGCCAUCGCCUGCCCCGACAACAAGUACCUGUGCCCUAAGGGCGGACCGGACGGCGUACACAAGUGCAUCGCAAGGUCACAGCUCUGCGACGGUAAAAGGGACUGUGAGGACAACGCCGACGAGGAGUCUGCUUGCUCUAUGUCGUCGUGCCCGGCGCUGGGCUGCGAGUACAAGUGCGUGGCGUCGCCCAGCGGCGGCGUGUGCGCGUGCGCGGCGGGCCGCCAGCUGGCGCCCGACGGCCGCGCCUGCCGGGACCGCGACGAGUGCCGCGACUGGGGGCCCUGCCACCAGCUCUGCGUCAACACGCCCGGCUCGUACACGUGCGCGUGCGCGCCGGGCUACGCGCUGGAGGCGGGCGGGCGCUGCGCGGCGCGCGGCGCGGCCGCCUGGCUGGCGCUGGCGCACGCGCGCGGCCUGCUGCGCCUCGCGCUGGCGCCCGCGCCCGCACCCUCGCCCGCGCCCGCCGCCACGCCGCUCGCCAACGCCUCCGCCGCCGCCGGCCUCGACUUCCACUACCGCCGCAACCUGCUCUUCUGGUCCGACCUCAAGACGCGCAAGAUCCACUCGCAGCCGCUAAACUCGGCAGGCGGACUACCCGGCAGCCUGCCAGUAUACGGCAGCGACAUCGCGCCGGCUGGCUCUUGGGCGCCCGUGGCUCUAGCCGUGGACUGGGUGGGCGACAAGCUGUACGUGGUGGACGCCGUCGGACAGAAGGUGGACGUGUUGGAGCUGGACGGGCGCUGGCACGCCGUGGUACUGGGCUCCAACCUCACCAGCCCCGCCGACAUCGCACUGGACCCCACGCUCGGCCUCAUGUUCGUGGCCGACAGCAGCCAGAUUGUUCGUGCAAACAUGGACGGUACCCAUGCAAAGUCAAUAGUAUCGGAAGCAACGUAUAAAGCAUCAGGCAUAACUGUGGACAUAAUUGCAAGGAGAAUAUUUUGGUGCGACUCGUUGCUUGACUAUAUCGAAACGGUCGACUAUGAUGGAAACUAUAGAUUCCUCGUCCUAAGAGGUCAGCAGGUCCCCGGACCUUCCAGACUGGCUCUCUUCGAAGACAGAGUCUACUGGUCUGACAACACCAAACAGGGAAUAAGUUCUGUGAGUAAAUAUGAAGGAGCUAGUAGCAUACAAGCGAUAUAUAAAAUGAAAGACAUUAUUAAUCCUAAAGCAAUUACUGUGGUGCAUUCAUUAAAACAAACAUCGGUGAACAAUCCAUGUGGGACCAAUAAUGGAGGCUGCUCACAAAUGUGCAUUGUAACAGCAUUACAAAAUGGUGGACUUGGAUACCGCUGCGCGUGUAACAUUGGCUACAGGCUAGAGACAGAUUUAAGAAAUUGCGAUAUCGUUAAAGAGUUCCUAAUGUACUCUCAACAGAGAUUUAUCAAGGGUAAAGUUCUAGAUCCGGUUAUUGAAGGAUUCAGUGAAGCCAUACUUCCAGUGGUGUCAAGACGGGCUAGAUUUGUUGGUCUCGAUUUUGAUGCACGUGACGAACAUAUUUAUUAUUCGGAUGUGUUACAAGAUGUUAUUUAUAGGAUUCAUAGAAAUGGUACAACCAAAGAAAUAGUUUUAGCAUCCCAGAAUGAGGGCGUUGAAGGCUUGGCUGUUGAUUGGGCUUCGAAAAAUUUGUACUAUAUCGAUUCUAGAAAAGGCACUCUUAAUGUUUUGUCCACGAGAAAUGUCAGCUACAAAAGAACACUUCUUAAAGAUCUAAAACGACCACGUGCUAUCGUCGUUCAUCCUAACAAAGGUUUUAUAUUCUUUUCGGAAUGGGACCGACCGGCUAACAUCAGUCGAGCUAAUACAGACGGCAGCGGUCUACUCGUCUUCGAAAAUGUUACAUUAGGAUGGCCCAAUGGAUUGUCAAUAGACUUCGAUGCUGACAGACUGUACUGGUGUGACGCUUUACUAGAUCACGUGCAACAUUCUAAACUGGAUGGAACUGAUGUGAAAACUAUUAAUUCAAGAUUAAUAAGACAUCCAUUCUCUAUAGUAAUUCACAAAGAUUUCAUGUACAUCACUGAUUGGAGACUCGAUGCGAUUGUUCGCUUACACAAAUUGACGGGUGAGCAAGAAGAAAUUAUGGUAAGAGAACCGCAAACGAACCGGUUGUAUGGCGUCAAAGUAUACAGUCAAGAGGUGCAAAAAAUUGAUCCAAUGCAACCUUGUGCCCAUAACAAUGGUAACUGCCAAAAACUUUGUUUCGCAAUACCCAGAAAUAAUACGGAAUUGUUAACGGUGAAAUGUGGAUGUCCGUACGGAGAGAAAUUAGCCCCAGAUGGCACAAGCUGUAUCGCAGAUCCGAAUGCAGAACCACCGGUGCAGGCGUGUCCCAACUCCUGGGACUUUACGUGUAACAACCAGCGCUGUAUCCCUAAAAGUUGGGUGUGUGACGGUGACGACGACUGCUUGGAUAACAGCGAUGAGGAGCAAAAUUGUACCAAGACGACAUGCAGCGCGUCGGAGUUCAUGUGCAAGUCGGGGCGCUGCAUCCCGGCCACGUUCAAGUGCGACUCGGAGAACGACUGCGGCGACUUCUCGGACGAGACGGGCUGCGUCAACGUGACGUGCGGCGCGUCGCAGUUCCAGUGCGACAACGGGCGCUGCGUGCCCGCCACCUGGAAGUGCGACUCCGAGAACGACUGCGGCGACGGCUCCGACGAGGGCUCGCACUGCGCCGAGAAGACCUGCGCCUACUUCCAGUUCACGUGCCCGCGCACGGGGCACUGCAUUCCCGCGUCGUGGGUCUGCGACGGCGACGACGAUUGCUUCGACAAGCAGGACGAGGCCGACUGCCCGCCCGUCUCCUGCCUGCCCAGCCAGUUCAAGUGUGCUGAUCUCAAGCAGUGCGUGCAGGAGGCUUACAAGUGCGACGGCAUCCCUGACUGCAACGAUGGCAGCGACGAGGCGGGCUGUCCCGCCCUGGCCCCGCACCAGUGUGCGCCCGACAAGCAGCUGCAGUGCCGCAGCUCCGGCAUCUGUAUCCCGCGCACCUGGUACUGCGACGGCACGCCGGACUGCGAGGACCUGUCGGACGAGCCGGCGGCGUGCGGCGCGGCGGCGUGCGGGCCGCAGCAGUUCCGCUGCGACAACGCGCGCUGCGUGUACAAGGCGGCCGUGUGCGACGGCCGCGACGACUGCGGCGACGGCUCCGACGAGAGCGCGCGCCACGCCUGCCGCCCGCCGCCCCUGCGUUGCCCGUCUGGCCAGUGGCAAUGUCCAGGUGUUACCGGUCGCUGCGUCAAUCUCACACAAGUGUGCGAUAGUAAAUUCGAUUGUCCCAAUGGAGCUGAUGAAGGUGCAAGUUGUGAUUUUGCUGAAUGUGAACAUCAAUCUGGUCUUUGCUCCAACGGUUGCAAACAAACGCCCAACGGUCCACUCUGCCUGUGUCCCAUCGGAGAGGAACUCGACACAGACGGUUUCACCUGCAAAGACAUCGAUGAAUGCGAUCCACCUGGAAUUUGUUCUCAGUCCUGCACAAACACUAAAGGCUCGUACUUCUGCAGCUGUGUCGAAGGCUACCAGCUCAACACCGAUAAACAUUCCUGCAAAGCUAAUAAUCAUUCCAGUGCAUUCCUUAUAAUAUCGAAUAGGCAUUCAAUCUUGGUGGCCGACCUUAACGAACAGGGACUUGAGCGAGUGCCAAUAAAUGUGGAAAAUGUCGUCGCGACUGCCUCCAACAUGCACACUGGAACAAUAUUCUGGUCCGAUAUGAAACUUAAGAAAAUUUCUAGGUUGGAUCGUGGCAGCGAACCUCAAGUGAUUAUUUCCACUGGAUUAGAUUUAGUCGAAGGCCUAGCAUACGAUUGGGUGGGUGGAAACAUUUAUUGGUUGGACAGUAAACUAAACACUAUUGAAGUUGCCAAAGAAGAUGGCAGUUCAAGAACGACUUUAUUGAGUGGCAACAUUACACAGCCAAGAGGAAUGUGCUUAGACCCGGCACCAAACGCAAGAUGGUUGUUCUGGACUGAUUGGGGAGAAAAUCCUCGCAUUGAGAGGGUCGGAAUGGAUGGUACUCAACGCUCUGCUAUCAUCACGACUAAAAUAUAUUGGCCUAACGGUUUGACACUUGAUACUGCCACACAGAGGGUGUACUUUGCAGAUUCUAAAUUGGACUUUAUAGAUUUCUGCUACUACAACGGCACAGGAAGACAGCAGGUGCUAGCUGCCAGCCAUUACUUGUUACAUCCGCAUUCAUUGACACUUUUCGAAGACACGUUGUACUGGACAGAUCGUCAGUUAAACAGAGUGCUGUCUGCUCAUAAAUUUAAAGGCACAAAUCAAACAGUCGUAUCCCACUUAAUCUCACAGCCUCUUUCGAUUCACGUUCACCAUCCAUCAUUGCAACCGCAGUACCCAUCACCGUGCAAGGUGAACACAUGUGAACAUUUAUGUUUGCUCAGCCCGAACCAAACAAUUCAAUAUACUUGUAUGUGUAAACCUGGAUUCAAAUUGCUUCCCGACGGAAAAUGCAUCGAAGAGGAAUCCGCGUACUUGAUGGUUUUGAAAGGAUCACAAGUCAUUGACAUAUCCACUGACGGAUCCGGAAGAGCUGGACAACUUUCGCCAGUUGUUGGAAUCCAAGGUGGAGUACAACUGGAUUAUGAUCGUCAAGGCCACAUGCUAUACUGGCUCCAGUCCAUCACUGGUGAUAGCAACGAUGAUGAAAACUGCACCGUUUACAGCAUGCCUUAUGGAGGUGGAAACAAAAUUGAGUUCUUUGGACAGGAUACAGGAAUUGUCGGCGCCCCAUCGGUGAUUGCAUUUGAUUGGCUCGGAAGAAACUUGUUCAUGGCUAACAGAGUAGCCAGCAACAUAGAACUGAUUCGUGUUGAUGGCAAAGUUAAAUAUAGAACCAUUGUUUUUGCAAACGAUGGUAGCAAGACAUCUAUUGCGAGACCGCGUAGCAUGUGCUUAGAUCCCACAGAAGGUAAAAUAUACUGGUCCGACGAAGGAGGAUACGGAGUUCCAGCUAAAAUCGGAAAAGUGAAUAUGGAUGGAACAAAUCCUGUUAUUUUAGUUGACGUGAUAGAGAGACCGGAAGCUGUUGCAAUCGACGUUGAAAAGAAAAUCGUUUACUUCAGUACGCAAUUCCCUGCCAGCAUUAACAGCGUGAACACUGAAGGAAACGAUAGAAAGACCAUUUUGACUGAAGCCAACGCCAUCUCUUAUCCGAAGGUUAUUGCUGUAUUGGAUUCCCGCCUUUACGUCCUUGACCCCCGUCACGAAAAAAUAAUCAAAGCCGACCUUCCAAAUGGCGAUAACAUCAAGGUUAUACUUGAUAAUGAAAGUGAUCUAAAAUCACUAACAAUAUUCCAAAAGAGAAAAAUGAUGCACCAUCACCCGUGCUCAAUAAACAAUGGCGGUUGUGAACAGAUCUGUAUACCAAGCGAAGGCGGGUCGCGCAUUUGUUCAUGCUCAAUUGGCUACCGAAAAGAAAAUGAAGUAAAUUGUGUUCCCUACAAAACUUUCGCUGUCGUGUCUCAGUUGGACCUCAUCCGUGGAUACAGUCUGGAAAACAGUGCAGAGGCGAUGGUUCCUGUGACUGGACAAGGUCAUCAUAUUUUACAUGUGGAUGUUCAUUUUGCAGAUAACUUUAUCUAUUGGGUAGAGUUCAACCGCGGUCAAUGGAAUGGAAUAUUCCGCAUUCGGCCCAAUGGCACAGAAUUGCAACACAUCGUCAAAGACGGAAUUGGUAGCAAUGGCAUAAGGGGCUUGGCAGUUGAUUGGGUUGCGGGUAAUUUAUAUUUCACAAACGUUUUCCCACACGAGAACUAUGUCGAAAUGUCUUGGCUUGAUGGUUCUCACAGAAAGGUUCUCAUAAAAACAACAAUGGACGCGCCGAGAGAGCUUGCGGUAAAUCCAUUGAAGAGGCUUCUUUAUUGGAUUGAUUACGGACAAUAUCCGAGAAUAGGAAAAGCAUAUCUCGAUGGCAGUAACUGGCAGACUGUGGUUAGUUCAGGAAUUUCGAACCCCAGAGACUUGACUAUUGAUAUGUUAACUCACGAUGUCUAUUGGGUUGAUUCCAAACUUGAUCAAAUUCAGAAGAUCUCGUACAACGGUGGUAACAGACAACUUAUAAGAUCUAAUCUGCCAAACCCUAUGGGUAUAGCGAUCCACACCGGAAGUGUUUACUGGGUAGACAGGAACUUACAAACGAUAUACAAAGCAUCCAAACUACCAGGAAAUAUGUCAAUGCCCGAAAAGUUAAGAACAAAUCUGCCAAAGUUGAGAGAUAUCGUUAUUUUUGACAUAAAUAAUCAACCUACCGACGAUAAUAAUCCUUGCCGAAAGCUAGGUAAUGGAGGUUGCGAACAACUGUGCUUUAGUUACCCUCCAGAUGCAAAUAAGGGAUACACACAUAGAUGCGACUGUGCUACUGGACAAAUAUCAGCAACUAACCCCAAGAAGUGCGAUGUGGUAGACGAGUACUUAGUCUUCACAACAAGGACCGAAAUUCGGGCAGUCAACUUGGAUCCCAAAUCUACCGGAAUACCAUUCAAACCAAUUGGUAACUUGACAAACGUUGUCGGUGUUGAAUUUGAUUACGCCGAUAAUAAGCUCUUCUUUACGCAAAUUAGACCUUGGGCACGUAUAGCAUGGAUGUCAUCCAUUAACCCAGAUGCGUCAAAUAUUCAAAAUAUUAUAACCAAGAACAUAAACCCAGAAGGAAUUUCUUAUGACUGGACUCAAAAGAAAAUAUAUUGGACAGAUAGCUCAAAUAAUUCAAUCUACGCUAUGAAUCUUGAUGGCACUGAGCUAGUAAUGAUCGCCAGAGUGGAACGUCCAAGAGCAAUAGUAGUGGACCCAUGUAAUGGAACAUUGUAUUACACAGACUGGGGUCGAUUUGGUACUUCAGGAAAAAUCUACAGAACAACUAUGGCUGGCUCUCUCAAGAAGGCCAUUAUAGAUAAGGAUUUAUCGCAACCGAGUGGUUUAACAAUCGACUUUGAUGAAUACAUGCUUUAUUGGACAGAUGCUGUUAGAGAAAAAAUUGAACGUUCGAAAAUGGAUGGAUCGGAAAGAGAAGUGCUUAUUUCUGCUACCAUAUAUCCCUUCGCUAUAACCGUCUUUAGAAAUUAUAUCUACUGGACUGACUUGCAGCUACGAGGCGUUUACCGAGCGGAGAAACACACAGGUGCUAAUAUGGUAGAAAUGGUUAAACGGUUGGAAGACUCUCCUAGAGACAUACACAUUUAUAGUACAAGCAGGCAAACGUGUAAGAAAAAUCCAUGUUUAAUCAGCAAUGGUGGUUGCGCACAAAGCUGUCACCCGGCGCCUAAUAAUUCUGUUGAAUGCAAAUGUGAUGACAACACUAAACUGGUAAACGAGGGUCGCAUGUGUGUAGCCAAGAAUAUCACAUGUGAUCCUAACAAGUUCUUCUGUGCCAACGGAAAGUGCAUCAGCCGCAUGUGGUCCUGCGACGGUGACGACGAUUGUGGAGACAAUUCAGACGAGGACAAGAACUACUGCGCGUAUCACUCCUGCUCACCGAACGAAUUCCGUUGUAAUAAUGGCCGAUGUAUUUUCAAGUCAUGGAAAUGCGACCACGAGAACGAUUGCAAAGAUGGGUCAGACGAAGAAGGAUGUGUUUACCCGCCUUGUGCUGACGGAGAGUUCACAUGCCUCAAUUCCCGUUGCAUACCGAUGUCUCAAGUCUGUAAUGGAAUUAACGAUUGUAAAGACAACAUUACUUCCGACGAAACGCAUGAGCGUUGUCCAAGAAACACCACGUGUCCCACUAACCAUCUCAAAUGCGAAAAGACUAAUAUUUGCGUUGAACCGUACUGGCUGUGCGACGGCGAUAAUGACUGUGGUGAUAAUUCAGAUGAAGACCCGCUACAUUGUGCUCAGAGAACUUGUCCACAAAACAGCUUCCGUUGCCCCAACCAUCGCUGCAUCCCUGCCACUUGGUAUUGUGAUGGUGAUGACGACUGCGGAGAUGGGGCUGAUGAACCACCAGAAUAUUGCCGCUCAGAGGGACGUACAUGCUUCGGAGACUUGUUUACAUGCGACAAUGGAAAUUGUAUACCGAGAAUUUACAUUUGUGAUGGUGAUAACGACUGUCUCGAUAACAGUGACGAAGAUGAUAGGCACCAAUGCAACGAAAGAAAAUGUGACCCAGAAACAGAAUACACUUGCGAAGAGAAUAAAUUUUGGAACCGCGCUCAAUGCAUUCCGAAGAAAUGGGUAUGUGACGGCGAUCCAGAUUGUAUUGAUGGCACUGAUGAAAAUUCUACCAUCCAUCAUUGCUCAACGCCCACACCCUGUUCUGAGGAUCAGUUUCAAUGCAACAACGGUAGAUGUAUCAACCAGGGUUGGGUAUGCGAUCACGAUAACGAUUGUGGGGACGGUUCAGAUGAAGGCAAACACUGUAAUACACAAUACAAACAGUGCACAGAUCAAGAAUUUAAAUGCCAGAAUUUCAAAUGUAUUCGAAAACACUUUAGGUGCGAUGGUGAAGACGAUUGCGGUGAUCAUUCAGAUGAAGUUGGAUGUGUUAAAGAAAAUAAAACGUGCCCUGCAGGUCAAUUUAAAUGUAACAACGAUCAGUGCAUAGACAACCGACUCGUAUGUAAUAAAGUCUCCGAUUGUUCCGAUGAUUCUGACGAGCCAGCCCAUUGUAACGUUGAUGAGUGCGCCAAGUUAGAAAUCCAUCAAUGCGGCCACAAGUGCAUUGAUACACUAACAGGAUAUUAUUGUGACUGUAAUCAAGGAUAUAAACUGCUCGCUGAUGGUAAAGCGUGCGCUGAUAUAAACGAAUGUUUGGAAACGCCUGGCGUUUGUUCGCAAUACUGCUCGAACACACCUGGUUCUUAUUAUUGUAAAUGUAAUGAGCAAUAUUAUGAAAGAGAAGCUGACGAGCGUACUUGCAAGAGAAAGGACAACAUAACAGCAUGGGUUAUAUUUACAAAUAAAUACUAUGUGAGAAACAUGUCUACUGAUGCUUCCCAAUAUAACUUGGUACAUCAAGACCUAAUGAAUGUCGUUGCUAUUGAUUUUGAUAUAAAAGAACAAAAGAUGUACUUUGCUGAUGUUUCGGCAAAGACAAUUUACAGAUCAGAUUAUUCUGAUCCUAACCCGACAAAAGAGGUUGUCAUCAGACACGAUUCUCAUGGUUUAGAGGGCAUUGCUAUCGAUUGGAUAGGUAGAAAAAUCUAUUGGUUAGACCGACAUUCAAAGAACUUGGAUGUAGCUGAACUAGAUGGUACGAGAAGAAAGACAUUGAAAACUGGAAUAGCCGAUCCACGUGCAAUUGUGGUUCAUCCUGGAACAGGAUAUUUGUACUAUACAUCAUGGCAUUUGCAGGCUUACAUAGGCAAAAUUGGUAUGGAUGGUUCAAACUUUACUGCCAUAUUGAAUUGGGAAGAUGAUAUUGCCUGGCCAAAUGCUUUGACUAUCGAUUACUUUACUGACAGAAUAUAUUGGGCCGAUGCUCAUUUAGACUAUAUUGGUUCUGCCGACUUAGAAGGUCGACACAGGCAUAUUGUACUGUCUGGUACUAAGGUUCCACAUGUAUUUGCUCUAAGCUUAUUCGAUGAUGAAAUUUACUGGACUGACUGGAACCUCAAAGCUUUAAGCAAAGCAAACAAACAUUCAGGAGAAAAUCUCAAGGUAUUGAGGAACACCACCCAUCGUCCAUAUGAUAUUCACGUGGUCCACCCACUAAGACAGUUAACGUAUCCAAAUCCUUGUGGCACAGACAAUGGAGGCUGCUCUCACCUUUGUCUCAUUGCCCCACCUCAUGCGUCUAGUUACUUAAAUAUUGAAGGCUACGGCGAAGAGGGUGUGACAACAUACAAAUGCGCUUGUCCCAAUCAGUUUUACUUAGCACGAGACAUGAAAACUUGUAUCGCCAACUGUACAGAUGGCCAACAUAGAUGUAACGGUCGAGAUGAGAAAUGUAUACCAUGGUUUUGGAAAUGUGACGGUGAAAAAGACUGCAUGGAUGGAUCUGAUGAACCAGAUACCUGCCCAGUCCGACAUUGCAGAGCUGGAUCAUUCCAGUGUAAGAACACUAACUGUACACCCGCAGCAACUAUAUGUGACGGUACGGAUGAUUGUGGGGAUGGAAGUGAUGAAGCUGAAUGUGCUCACGAAUGCCCUCUUCUUGAAUUUAAGUGCAAGUCCAGUGGAAGAUGUAUUCUGGAUAGUUGGAAAUGUGACGGUGAUACAGACUGUAAAGAUAACAGCGAUGAAGACCCAGCAAUGUGUCACAACCGCCCUUGUAAUCCGGAUACAGAAUUCUCCUGUAAAAAUGGUCGUUGCAUUCCGAAAUUGUGGAUGUGUGACUUUGAUAACGAUUGUGGUGAUGAUUCUGAUGAACCGGCAUAUAUGUGUCGUCAAAGGAAUUGUACAACUGGAUGGAGGAGAUGUCCUGGACAAUCAAAUUACAGAUGUAUACCAAAAUGGCUCUUCUGUGACGGCAAAGAUGACUGCAGAGACGGAUCUGAUGAACUUCCCGAAAAUUGUCCCACUUGUAAUGCGGAAACAGACUUCACAUGUGAGAAUAAGCGGUGCAUACCAAAACAAUGGCUUUGUGACUUUACUGAUGAUUGUGGAGAUGGCAGCGAUGAGGCCGAAUCAGUUUGCCAACACAAGUAUAGAGAAUGCUCAGAAUCCGAGUUCAAAUGUGGUAAUGGCAAAUGCAUAUCAUCAAGAUGGCGGUGUGAUCACGAAGAUGAUUGUGGCGAUAACACAGACGAAUCCGACUGUGGUGGAUUCAAAUGCAAGAACGGCACGUUCCAAUGUAAAUCUGGUCACUGCAUUGCCGCCUACUUUAGAUGCGACGGAGACAGGGACUGUAGAGAUAUGUCAGAUGAGAUCGGAUGUCCUCCGCGCUUCCCGGGAGGCAGAUACUGUCCUGAAAGCAGGUUCCAAUGCGCGAACAAUCUGUGCGUGUCACAGUCGGACCUGUGCGACGGCACAGACGACUGCGGCGACGGCUCGGACGAGACGCCCGCCAUCUGUACCAACUUCAACUGCGACACGCUGCGCCGCUUCCACUGCGACAAUCACCGCUGUGUGCCGAGGUACCAGGUGUGCGACGGCGUGGACAACUGCGGCGACGGCUCGGACGAGAACAACAUGACGCUGUGCGCGGCGCGCGCGCGGCCGUGCGAGCCGCUGACGCAGUUCCAGUGCGCCAACCGCCGCUGCGUGCCGCGCGCCGCGCUCUGCGACCUGCGCGACCACUGCGGCGACGCGUCCGACGAGCUGGGCUGCCACACCGACCGCACCUGCGACCUGCGCGACAAAGGCGGGUGCGAACAGUUCUGCACGAACAUCACCACGGCGGAAGGGACGGCGGGCGGGUACAUCUGCACGUGCUUCCCGGGCUACAUCAUCGCGGCGGCUGACAGCAAGAAGUGCGUGGACGUGGACGAGUGCGCGGCCGGCACGCACCACUGCAGCCAUCUCUGCAACAACCUCAAUGGCAGCUACAGCUGCGCCUGUCGCGAGGGCUUCCAAUUGGCUGAUAAUUUAUCCGGUGUUUGCAAAGCAACAGAUGAUGAAGUGGUAUUAAUGUUUGCAAAUGGACCAGUAAUAAGAGCUUUCGUCCAAGACAAAAAUGAGGAAUUUGAUGUCAUCAGUUCAGAAAAGAGAAUAGAGGCCAUAGAUUACGAUCCGCAGAAAGAGAUGGUCUUUUGGGCUGACAGUUACGAGAAGACUAUUAAGCGAUCGUAUAUGGUCAACGCUUUAGAUGGACAAGUUAAGACUGGUUUUGCUCAGGAUUUGAACAUGAAAGGCAAUUCCAAACCGACUGCGAUAGCAGUGGAUUAUGUAGGUGAUAAUCUAUACUGGACAGAGGCUGACAGAACCGGUUCAAAACCGAGAGGUCGUGUUAUGGUUGCUAGAACUGAUGGUAGAUAUAGAAGAGCACUUGUGUCUGCUGGAAUUGAAAGUCCUACAUCUUUAGCUCUAGAUCCGCAAAUGGGACGCAUGUUUUGGGCGGAUGCUGGAUCUGCUCCCAAGAUAGAGAUAGCUUGGAUGGACGGUUCAAAACGAAGACCGAUUGUUACGGAAAACAUAAGGCAUCCUACUGGUUUAGCUAUUGAUCAUGCUAUGGACCACGCAAUAUACUGGGCGGACACUAAGCUCAAUACAAUAGAAAUGAUGCGGCACGACGGUUCCAAUAGGAAAGUAAUUUUGAAGGGCGAUAUGCUCAAGCAUCCACUAUCGUUGGAUGUAUUCGAAUCGUCAUUAUACUGGGUGACAAGAGACACUGGUGAAUUAAUCAAACAAGAUAAAUUCGGAAGAGGAGUGCCAUUCGUCAUUUCUAAAGAUCUAGUCAAUCCUUCAGCUGUGAAAGUGUACCACCCGCGGCGCUACAACGCGUCAGCUGCAGAGCGGGCGGCGUGCGCGCGGCUGCCGUGCUCGCACCUGUGCCUGGGCGUGCCGGCCGGCCGCCGCUGCGCCUGCCCCGACGCGCUGCAGCCGCCCAAGCGCGCCACGCUGCUGCUGGCUUGCGACGCCGCGGUGGAGGCUCCACGGCCGCUGCCACGUGUCUGCCCGUGCGAGAACGGCGGCACGUGCGAGGAGGACGCGGGCGCGGCGGGCGGCGUGCGCUGCGUGUGCCGCGCGCCGCUGCUGCCGCCCGUGUGCGGCGCGCAGCAGGCGGCCGCGCGCGCCGGCGCCGCGCACGUGCUGCUGCCCACGCUGCUGGCCGUCGCGCUCGUGCUCGCCGCCGCCGCGGCCGCCUUCUUCGUGCUGCGGAAGCGCCCCUUCGGCAAGGGUGUCGGAUUGGGUAGCCUGGCGUCGUCGCAGAGCGUAUCGUUCCGCGCCGGCUCGAACGUGGAGUUCGGCGGCGUGGGCGCGGGCGCGGGCGCGGGGAGCGGCGCGGGGAGCGGCGCGGGGGCGGGGGCGGGGGCGGACGCGUACGCGCUGCACGAGCCGCGCAAGGGGCGCGACUUCAGCAACCCCAUGUACGACGCGGUCACGCGGGCCGUCGCGCACGGGGAACCGGAGCCGACGCUACCGGGCAUCUACGAGGUGCCGGAGGAGGUGAAGGAGCGCGUGGGGUCGGCGGUGCUGUCGCCGUCCAGCAGCGCGACGCGCGACGCGCGCGCGGCCCCCGCCCCGCCGCCCGCGCCGCGCGCGCUCGACCCCGCCGCCGACACCGGCGCCGACACCGCGCGCCUCGUGCACCGCGCGCCCGACUGCUAG